UUGCUGCCACGCAAUUUCCACUCUUCCACUCGCCGGCCGCCCCGCGCUGCGCCGCUGGCCGCCAUGUCGUUCGACACAUGCAGCAUCUUCCUCACGUACCUGCAGUCGUAUACGUCCGGGUACUCGUGCUCGUACUCGACGUGGAUUGCAAGCUACCAGAUUGAUCUCGCGGCCGUGAGAAAGAACGACUGCACGCAACCAUAUUGUCGCAGUUUUCUCACGACGCUUUCCACCGUCGGCGCUUACUCGGAUUAUGGGUCGUGCUACCUCAAGGACAGAUCGACGUCCAAGAACGUGAGUUUGCAGUCUCUGAUGACAGUUUGCGACGGCAUCACCGUCGCACCGACCCCGGCAAGCGGCGGCAGCGUCUUCACCCCAACCGCCAACCCGUAUGUGUAUCCGUCGCUAUAUCCCGACGUUUCGUCUGGGAUCUCCACGAUUGCCAUCGUGGGUAUCGUGGCGGGGGUCGUGGUCGUCCUCCUGUUCAUCGGUGUGCUGAUCGUCAAGAAUCGGAAGCGCAAUAUCCCUCCUCCAACGACGACAACAACCGCCUACGUUGUUCUGAACGAACCGACAGAGCCUGCCCCAACAGCGACAGCCACGGCUGCCACGUCGUCUUCUGCAGGGAAUUCGACGGGAAUGUCGAAACCAUCCAACGCAGAGCCACGCUACGGCGGGAGCAAUGGGGGCCACACAGUUGGGUCCACACAAGAUCUGAACUCGGGUGCUUCAAGCCGAGCCACGACCAGCAACUCGUCCUUGUUUAUGAGUAAGAGCACGCCAGGCCAGCUCGACUUGUGCGACCUCGACAUGCACAAAGUUCAUCCCAAGGACGUGCACCUGGUCAAGCCGCUGGCCCAAGGCGCGUACGGCGAGGUCUGGCUCGGGGAGCACUUGGGCAGUUCGAUUGCCGUCAAGCGGCUACUCCCAUCCAAGACGUCCCUGGCGGACUUGCAGAAGUUCAUUUGGGAAAUCAAGCUCCUUUCCAAGAUCGAUUGCCCGUACGUGGUUCGCUUCAUCGGUGUUUCGUGGACCAAGCCGUCCGACAUGAUGCUCCUGACAGAGUACAUGGACGGAGGGGACUUGCGCCAGGUCCUGGAAGCCAACCACACCCACCAAGCCACGACGCCGUUUACGUGGCAGGAUAAACUCCAGUGCGCACUCAACAUUGCAGAGGGCCUCGUGUUCCUGCACUCGAUGGAUCCAAAGGUCAUCCAUCGCGACUUGAAAUCGCGCAAUGUGUUGCUGGACUCGCACAUGAACGCCAAGAUCACGGACUUUGGCAUUGCGAGGGAAACGGACGACGCGACCAUGACGGCCGGCAUCGGCACGUACCGGUGGAUCGCGCCGGAGGUCCUCAUGGACGGCCACUACUCGGAGUCGGCCGACAUUUUCAGUCUCGGGGUGCUCCUGAGCGAAUUGAGCACCGAGAUCAUCCCGUACUCGGACCUGCGGAACCCGUCGGGCAACCCGUACACGGACACAGCGAUCAUGGCCAAGGUGAUGGCGGGUCAAUUGGUGCCGUCGUUCUCGCCCGAGUGUCCGAUGUGGUUCUUGACGUUGGGUCGCGAGUGCUUGGCCCUCAACCCGGACGAUCGCCCGACCGCGAUGAAGGUCGCGUACCAACUUCGAAGUCGCGUCCAGGGAUUCAUCUAGACCUCUCCGCCCUCCUAUUUUACACGUAAUUCACCCAUCCUGUUCC